CCUUCCCAUUUUCAAAAAAGCGAAAAAGAACAUGCUUCCUUUUACUUGAUUAUUCCCUCGCUCCUCCAAAGUCCGCUGCUUCUCUCUCUCUGCUUCCCGCUCUGCUCUCCGGCCGCCGUCGCCGGAUACUUUCCGGCCUCAACUCCUCUACUCACCGGCGCUUUCCCAAACCCUUGCCCGGCGAAUUUGGAGCUUCGAGCAGAGUAUUCUCUUGGAAUUUCAUUUCUGAAUAGAAUCUUACUUGUCUUCUCUUGGCUUGGUAGCGAAGAGCAGGGGACAAGGAUCCGUAGAAAGUCACAAGCUAGAGUAAAUCCAGUAUCGAGAUUAUACAUGAAGAAGUUGUUCUUCUUCAGAUCUUCAGCGCCUAGCAACAGUAGUACCGUGGUUUCUUCAUCAAGAACAGAAAAAGAAGAUUGCAUGGAGCAUCCAUUUGAAGGUGCUGGUCUUAGAAGAAGUCGAUCAUUGUCUUCAGCAUCAUUUCUUGAUGGCGGGAAGGAUAAGAGUUCUUCUAGGUUAAAAGAUAAAAAUGGGUCUCUAUCCAGUAACUUCAUUGGCAUUUCAGAUCAGCAAUGUGAACGUUCAGAUCGCUGUCAAACACCACCAUUUGGAAGACAGUGUAGGGCAAAGCAAUUUGAGACAGCACAUAAUACUUAUGGAGCUGUAACGGAGAGGCCCUCUUCUGCUGUUUCAUCCCAAAGUUAUUGUGAUUCUUCAGGAAACUCUUCUACUUCCUCUAGUAAUGUCUCAACCAAAAUCUUGGAUCGAUAUAUUGAUGAUGGAGAGCAACAGGAUGAAUCAAGAAGACCCCAAAACAAUAUUCCUCCCAGAAAUUACCCUGAAAGUGGUAGUGGGAGGCGGCCCCCACGAAGUCGAUGUACAGCACCUACUUCGCCAAAAUUUGUUGUUGAUGGUGAGCCAACAAGUCAUCCGUCUGAAGAAUUUCCAGGUUCAAAUUAUCACUUCUUCUCUGGGAAGUAUGCUAAAAAUGGGUUAGGACAUGAAUCUCCAAGGACCAUUGCGAAGAAUGUUAUCGAGAGACUCUCCCAGUCUCAUGGCAUUCCUAAAACAAGUCCAAAGGGAUUUGACAAAAGUAUACCAAUCACCAUAGGGGAUAUUAUACAUGAUAGAUCCUCAAAUGGAUGGUAUGAUUCCAACUUAGAUGCAGUUCCCCAGAAAUUUUGUUCAGUACGUCAACCUUCCCAAGCUAUUAAUAGAAAUAAUAUGGAGUGCUCUGGUUUCGAUAGACAGAACAUUAUAAAUCAUAGUGAAUUGUUAAACCUUGUUGAGACUGAAGAGGAUAUGGAUGCAGAACUGCAGAGGAGGACCAAGGAGGCAGAGGAAAGAGUCGUGCUCUUCAGAGAAGAACGUGACCGGGAGAGCUUUCUUCAACAGAGGACAGGAGUUCCAGGUUUGAUUCAGACAGUUAGACAUAUUACUGAGGAGAAAAUAAGCUUGGCACUUGAGGUUUCAAGUCUUCUACAGUCCCAAAUUACUGAAAGGGUUUCUGCAAGGGAAGAGCUGAGACUCGCAAAGGAAAAAUUGGAUUCUCAGACUAAGAAGCUCAAUAAAGAAAAGAACGAGUUGCAGUCAGAAUUGGAGAAAGAGCUGGACAGAAGGUCGAAUGAAUGGUCAUUAAAGCUAGAAAAGUACCAAUUCGAAGAACGGAGACUUCGUGAAAGAGUUCGGGAGCUAGCAGAACAGAAUGUAUCUUUACAAAGGGAAGUUUCUCUUUUUAAUGAGAGGGACACAGAGAAUAGAAACAUAAUAUCAAAUUCGGAGCAAAAAAUUACGGACCUGACCAUAAUGAUGGACAAAUUAAGGGAUGAAAACCAAGUAUUGAUGCAGAAUGUCUCCGAAUUGCAAGAUAAGUACAGAACUGCUAAAGAAGAUAGAGAAUCCUUUAAGAGACAUUUUGAGGAGAAGGAUAAGGAAUGCAAGGAGUUGUAUAAAUCAACAACAAGGUUAACGAGGACUUGCUGUGACCAGCAGAAAACAAUAAAUGGAUUGCAGGAAAUAUUUACUCAAGAAUUAGGGAAGAACCAAGAAAUUGAAAGGUUUGAUAAGCAUGUGGCAAAAAUGCAGAUGGAGCAAUUAAGGUUAACUGGAGUAGAACUGGCAUUGAGAAGGGAAUUAGAAUCUUGCAGGUUUGAAAUUGAUUCCCUUCGGCAUGAAAACAUAAACAUAUUCAACCGCUUAAAAGAUAGUGGGAAAGAUAAUGGUGCUUUAACCAUCAAGCUGGAUGAGGAAAUGUUAGCACGUGUUGAUUGUCUACAACAUAAAGGGCAAACAUUGUUGAAUGAGAGCUCCCAGUUAUGUGCAGACUUACUUGAGUUCAUCAAAGAGAAAGUUCACUGUCGUUCAGAAAGUAUGCAGGGAAUGGAAGGCGUGAAGAACAAUUUGGAUGGGCUAUAUUUGAUUGAAUCUGAGGUGAAAGUUCAGGGAUUGAAGCGUGGAACUGAAAGCUUAAAACGGAGUUUACAGAUAGUAUCUUCAUUGUUGCAUAAGAAAUUUAACCUAGCUGCUUCGGAAGUCCAUUCUCAGUGUGCAAAUGCAGAUGGGUCAAUGCAAUUAAAUUGUGAUGCUGCAGAGCAUGUUCUAAAAUCUGAGCUCAAAGCAGAAAGGUUACUGACUUGUCUGUUGAGAGAGAAACUUUUCUCUAAGGAGCUGGAAAUUGAGCAGCUCCAAGCUGAAAUUGCAACGGCAGCUAGAGCAAACCAUAUUCUUAGAUGUGAAGUGCAAAAUGCACAAGACAACACAUCCUGCAUUUCUCACAAGCUAAAGGAUCUAGAACUCCAGAUCUUGAAAAAGGAUGAGAAUGUGAACCGGCUGCAAAAUGACCUUGAAGAAUCUACUACAGAAUUGGCGAUCAUUAGGGGAACUGUGCCAAAGAUUUCUGAGGAGAGGGAUAUCAUGUGGGACCAAGUGAAACAAUACAGUGAAAAAAAUAUGUUACUUAAUUCGGAGGUUAAUCUAUUGAAAAAGAAGAUAGAAGUCCUCGAGGAAGACAUACUUCUCAGGGAAGGUCAGAUCACAAUCCUCAAAGACACCAUGAGAAACAAAUCUUUUGACCUUCUUGGUAACAUUGAAUCUACAGACGAAUUUCUCAUUCGAUGAACCAGAAAACCAGGCUUGCCAUUGAUUGGAUCAUCUCACUGUUCAUAGUCAUAUUUUUAAGGUGCUGUUCAACUUGCCUCUCAAUUUUCGUUUUGUCUCUUUUUGAAA